CACUGCGCGCCUCGGAGAGCGUCUGUUGGAUAAAACCUUGCACAGUAUUAGUAGCAGGUCGUGAACAGCUACACCACCUCUGCCUGUUGAGAGAGUAUCAUACCAGACGCUUUAUCAAAGAUUGACUUGGAUCUCCCCGGCCGAGGUUUCAUUUUCUCCAGUGUGGUCUAGCAUUGGAUAAUAAUAAGGAUAUCUGCCCGGACCUUUUUUCUGCAAGGCGAAGCAAAGAGUGCACUCAGGAACACAUUCAUGCCAAGCGAGGCCCCACAUGGACUAAAAACAUCUAAUUAACUGGGAGAGAGAGAGAGAGAGAGCGUGGACCCUCUUGCGUUUGUCAAGGACACCCAACGACAAAGACCUCAGAGAUAUGUCCAACACCACCGGACGAGGUCAUGGGGGUCUUAACCAACUAGGCGGAAUGUUUGUGAACGGCCGUCCACUUCCGGAGGUGAUCCGGCAGCGCAUCGUAGACAUGGCCCACCAGGGCGUGCGUCCCUGUGACAUCUCCCGGCAGCUCCGUGUCAGCCACGGCUGUGUCAGCAAGAUCCUGGGACGCUACUACGAGACUGGCAGCAUCAAGCCAGGAGUGAUUGGGGGCUCCAAGCCCAAGGUGGCCACUCCUAAAGUGGUUGAUAAAAUAGCAGAUUACAAGCGUCAGAACCCCACAAUGUUUGCCUGGGAGAUCAGAGACAGGCUCCUGGCAGAGGGGGUGUGUGACAGCGACACCGUGCCCAGUGUUAGCUCCAUCAACAGAAUAAUCCGAACCAAGGUGCAGCAGCCAUUCAAUCUGCCUCUGGAUGGCAAAGGCCUAAGCCCAGGACACACACUCAGUGACUGUAGACACAGUGUGGACUCUCAGGGCAGCGCGGGCGUUCCUAGGAAGCAGCUGAGACCAGAGCACUUCCCCCCGCAGCACCUGGACUGUGGCUUUGACCGCCACCACUACCCACCAGACUUCAGCUCUGCAGCAGCCAGCAAGACCGAGCAGACUGUGUACCCUCUCUCGCUCAUCAAUGGCAGCCUAGAAGACGGGAAGACCAGCCUCUCAACAUCGAGUGCUGCUAUUGGUCGGAAUCUGGCAGCGCACCAGGGCUACACUGUGGUGACAGACCCCCUACAGCCCCUCCCACUCUGUCUGAAACAGGAAAUGUCCCCGGAGGUGACCAGCACAAGCCCCUCCCCAAAUGUGGUGGCCAACUCUGCUUUCCUAGAGCUGCAGUCAUUGCAGGCCCCUGUCACUGUCAGUAGCAGCUGCAGCAGCUCCAACCAUUUCCCUCAUGCGUUCAACUCAUUCUCCCAUCAUGCACCAGUGUACGGCCAUUUCAGCAGCCAGUCUCUCAUAGCAGGGCGGGAUAUGGUGAGCUCCACUCUCCCUGGCUACCCUCCUCACAUCCCCUCCAGUGGCCAGACAGGCUACUCAUCCUCGGCCAUCACUGGCAUGGUAGCAGGUGCAGACUACUCUGGUCAGACCUACACUCACUCCCCCUACACCUCCUACAGCGAAGCUUGGAGAUUCACCAACUCCAGCAUUCUCGGUUCGCCCUAUUACUAUAGCUCGGCCUCCCGCACCGCUCCACCAUCCACUGCAGCCUACGACCAUCUCUAGCUCCCAUGGACCAACCCUCAUCAAGAGGACUGAUAAUGGGGACCAACAGGCAAAUGCAGCAAGGGAUAGGAAGCUAUGAGGAGAAUUGGACUGUCUCCCAAUAAUGGACAGGGGAGUAAAGACGUCGGAGGGACAUUGAAGACUUUUAGUGGCAACACUGGACCAGCUAUGCUUGACCCUGAACUCAUGGACAAUACCUUCUCAUGGCUAACUAAUUCAUUAUUUAUUUGUUUUUAAUGACAGCCUCAUCCAGGGUGACUUGAUACGUUUACACAUGACAUUCUAAACACUGUAAUACAUUUGGGCAACUGAUGUCUAUGACUUUGUCAGUGGCAAAGGCCUGAAUCCUGCAUUGUGUGUACAUCGCUCCCAAGCUGUUUCACCAAAGACUUUAUUUGUAGCACAUUUUGCAACACUCUGACAUGUGACUUUGACUUCAUGACAUCACAGGAUAUUUUGGCGGCACAGUACAGUAAAAGCUUUUUUUGUGAAGCUACUCCUGUAUUUGCAUCAAGUUUACAAUAGUUUUAUACAAUAAUACACACGUCCCUUUCGCAUUCUAGUGUCGGUUUUUCAGGAUUCUCUGUGUUGAAUUCAAAAUUCAGCCUCUUUGAGCUCACCACCCAAUAAAACCUUCCAGAUCUUAAAUGUAGUAUAGUGCCAAUAGUUUGAAUGAGGAAUACAGUCACACGUGGUAUCAUUCUCAUAGCAAAAUGUCCUCAUGUCCUUGUCAAAAAAAAUGUGUUCCAUGAAUUGAACUGUCUGGGUUACUCUUGUUUGGCAAUAUGUAUAUAUUGUAAAUGGCAAACUGCUCUUGAGAAAGAAAUGCAAUUUUAUCAGAAGGAUGAUUUGGGGGUGAAUAUUGUGGGGAUUAAUGACUGAGUAUCUGAUAAACAAAACAACUUUAAUUUUUUUUUCUUUAUGAUAAUUCGAGUUUGUUGUCAUGCUGAUGUUUAGUAUGAGAACUGUGACUAAACUGUUUUUUUUCUUAUACUGUUAUUAAUAUUAUUGAAGAUGUAAAUAUGGAAUUUCUAAAUAAUUAUUUUAAUUAAAUAAAGCAUGACUAAGUGAU